GAUCAGCUUUUCUUCGGGAUUUGCAUAUGCACCUCAGGGCCCUUCCCCUUUCUAUGUUCACCAGAACUCCAAAAAUCCUCCGCUUUUAUUUUGGAGUUUUUCGUGUUGUUUUUUUUCUAUGCCUGUCCCCUCUCCGCUGGGCUGGCCGCUCCCAGACCCUCCGGCGUCCGGUCUCAGUCCAUCCAUGGCCGGAGCCCGAAUCAGCAGAAUGAGCCUCCGAUAAGAGCAGUCACUGCAGUUCUCCCUUCUCCUUCCCGGAGCUGACAGCCCCUCCUCCCCCGGGACUGAGCCUGGCAGGGAGGGGCGCGGGUCCCCUGGCCGCAAAAACCCACAGAUUUCGCUGAUGUCAGCAGUUCCACGCCUCCACAAGUGUUGUAUGAAGUAUGCCCAAAGUCAGACCGCUCUGUGGUGUCCAGUCCACGCAGCUCCCGGCUCUCUACCUACUUUCCUGGAGGAGCAACCAAAACAUACAGCUCACCAGUCUGCCAUCUUGCCCCCCGGGUCCUGACCUAGCCUUUUGAGAGUUUGAAAUGGAGGAAAGGAAGAUUAACAAGGAGAGAGGUUACAGACAAAAUCUGGUAUGUGGUAAGAAGAUAUUUGGGAGAGAACAAGUGUUUAGAACUAUUAGAUGAGUUUAAUUAGAGUGAAAGGUCAUUGUUGAAAAGAAUGGGAGUAAAAGUGGGGAACACAGGGGGAGUUGGUUUAAUAGUGAAACUUAAGUGCUGUAUUCACAGCACUUCAAACUGUAUGGUAAUUUACUGAGAGGAGUGGGGAUAUUCUUUUAUAAAUGAGGAAAAUAAUACUUAGAUUAAGAAAUGUGCCAAUGCCAUGUAACAUUAAAUUGGGACUAAAACUCAUGAUCUUGUGUCUCCAAGGUCUGUGUACUCUUCUAGUUUUGUGUAGCUGCCAGCGUUCCUUGAUUUGUGGCUACUCACUCUAAUCUCUGCUUUCAUGGUCACAUUGCUGCCAUCUUUUCUAUUUUUGUCAUAUCUCCCUUAGUCACCAUUUUAUAAGGCUAUGCCUGAUUGCAUUUAGGGAUAACCUGGAUAAUCCAGAUAAUCGCUCAUCUCAAAAUCUUUAACCUAAUCACAUCUAUAAAGUCCUUUUUUUGCAAUAUAAAUUAUGGUUUACAGGUUCCAGGGAUUUUUUUUUUUUUUGGUGGUGGUGGUGGAGAGGGACAUUUUUCAGACUACCACAACCACAAUCCCUAUUGCCUUUCCGAUCUUUCUUCUUUUUUCCCGUCUGAUCCCUUUUCUUCUGUCCUAUUUUUAAAAAAUUCCUUUUCAUCUUUCAGAAGCACAAAGUGGCAAGUAGAUUGGGUGGGUAGGAUCUGUGUUUAUGAUCAAGAGUUGAGUGGAUAUGCUCCAGAUGGACCACACAUCUCCAACCUACAUGCUUGCUAACUUAACCCACUUACAUUCUGAACAACUUCUGCAGGGCUUGAAUCUUCUUCGUCAACAUCACGAACUCUGUGACAUAAUUCUUCGAGUAGGUGAUGUUAAAAUUCAUGCUCACAAAGUGGUCCUUGCCAGCAUCAGCCCAUAUUUCAAAGCUAUGUUCACUGGGAACCUUUCUGAAAAAGAAAACAGUGAGGUUGAGUUUCAGUGCAUUGAUGAAACAGCUCUUCAGGCCAUUGUGGAAUAUGCCUAUUCAGGGACUGUUUUUAUUUCUCAGGACACAGUUGAAUCUCUCCUUCCAGCAGCAAACCUACUCCAGAUAAAACUUGUCCUGAAAGAAUGUUGUGCAUUUCUUGAAAGCCAACUUGAUCCUGGGAAUUGUAUUGGAAUUUCUCGUUUUGCAGAGACGUAUGGUUGUCAUGACCUUUAUUUGGCAGCCACUAAGUAUAUAUGCCAGAAUUUUGAAGCCGUUUGCCAGACUGAAGAGUUUUUUGAGCUUACAUAUGCUGAGUUGGAUGAAAUUGUUUCCAAUGACUGUUUGAAUGUAGCUACCGAAGAGACUGUUUUUUAUGCUCUAGAGUCUUGGAUUAAGUAUGAUGUACAAGAACGCCAGAAAUACUUAGCACAGCUUCUUAACAGUGUGCGAUUACCACUGCUGAGUGUAAAGUUUCUCACUAGACUCUAUGAAGCAAAUCAUCUUAUUCGUGAUGAUCGCACUUGUAAACAUCUUUUGAAUGAAGCCCUGAAGUACCACUUUAUGCCUGAACAUAGACUGUCACAUCAGACAGUCUUGAUGACACGACCUCGUUGUGCUCCCAAAGUACUUUGUGCAGUAGGAGGAAAAUCUGGACUGUUUGCCUGUUUGGAUAGCAUGGAGAUGUACUUUCCUCAAAAUGACUCUUGGAUUGGUUUGGCACCGCUGAACAUUCCUCGCUAUGAAUUUGGAAUAUGCGUUUUAGACCAAAAGGUGUAUGUUAUAGGUGGUAUUGAAACUAACGUGCGUCCAGGCGUCGCUAUCAGAAAACAUGAAAAUUCAGUAGAAUGCUGGAAUCCUGAUACAAAUACUUGGACUUCUCUAGAGAGAAUGAAUGAACACCGAAGUACCCUUGGAGUAGUAGUACUUGCAGGAGAACUUUAUGCUUUAGGUGGUUAUGAUGGACAAUCUUAUUUACAAUCUGUAGAGAAGUAUAUUCCCAAAAUAAGAAAAUGGCAACCUGUGGCACCAAUGACUACAACAAGAAGUUGUUUUGCUGCAGCUGUAUUGGAUGGAAUGAUAUAUGCCAUUGGUGGCUAUGGUCCUGCCCACAUGAACAGUGUGGAGCGUUAUGAUCCAACUAAGGACUCCUGGGAGAUGGUUGCAUCCAUGGCAGAUAAAAGGAUUCAUUUUGGCGUGGGUGUCAUGCUAGGCUUUAUAUUUGUGGUGGGUGGACAUAAUGGUGUCUCACAUUUGUCAAGCAUUGAAAGAUAUGACCCCCAUCAAAACCAGUGGACUUUGUGUAGACCAAUGAAGGAACCCAGAACAGGGGUUGGUGCUGCAGUAAUUGAUAACUGCCUUUAUGUAGUUGGUGGACACUCAGGGUCGUCGUAUCUGAACACCGUGCAGAAAUAUGACCCCAUCUCAGAUACAUGGCUGGAUUCAGCUGGCAUGAUAUACUGUCGCUGUAACUUUGGAUUAACUGCACUUUGACAAGUGUGAAGUCACAGAAACAGUGUGAUGGUGAAACUUGUGCUGCAUGAAAAGAUGCCCAGUUCUCUGAGACCAAAAGCUGCAUUGCUUUCUUUUUAACUUGAAGUGGCAUGAAGACUCGGAUUUUUGGAGUACUUUAAAUUGACAAGUAGCUUUGGUUGCUCUUGAUUGCACAGUAAAUCAGUAAUACAAAAAAAAAAAAAAAAAAAAGGAAAGA